AUGUGCAUGGCUGACUGGACCGCCUCAAGCCUCUCAGGCUCGGAGCUCCCAUGGCCACCCCCGUCGUCCUUCGCCUCCAGCGUCGGCCCCUGGUGCCCUGCGCCGGAGGCCACGACAACGCCCGGGAAGGCAGGCAGAACGCUGGCGGUGGCACCGGGACUCGAGCUCGAGCUCCUUCAGCUGGCGAGGCGUUUCCGGUUGCUGCGCCUCGUUGCCUCGAGUUUCCUCAGUUGGCAGAAGGAGGCACUGCGGAAGCGGCCUAAGCGGCACAAUGAGCGACGCCAAAGGCGGUGUUUGGCAUUGCGAUGCUGGCAGCGUCGAAGUGGCCGUCGCCGCCGAGCCAUUGCGUGCUUGGUCCGGGCAACGCAGGCUCCCUUGCAUCGCGCCUUGGUUCGGUUGCAGCAGCCCGUCCUUUUCCGGCGAGGCAAGGCGGCAAGGGCGGCGCUUCUAGAGAUCAUUCAUCGACGGACGCAGCAUUGCUUGGCGCAGUGCUGGUUUGCAAAGGUUCUACUUCGUUCAGCUUUUGUCGUCUGGAGCCCGUCGGCGGGGAUGCGGAUGCGGAGGCAGGAGCCGGAGCAUUCGGGAGAACCCGCGGAGGUCGAGCACGUGCUGCCUUCUUCGCCCUUUGUGCUGUCCGACUCCUUCGAUGCCCGUAGCCAGGCGCCCGGCGGAAACGCCGACACUGCCUUUGUGGGAAGGCACAAGUUCAACGCGCUGCGUCAGGCAGAGACUUGGCAAAGUUCCAGUCUGCCUCAUUCGCGAGACGCCUACUCCAAACAGGUGCCAGGCCCGCCAGAGCCAGCGGCAAGCCAACCGCGGAGCGUGCUGCUCCGAGUACAACAGGAGGGAUUUCUUCGAUGGUGGCGUGCAGUUCGGAUGGACCUCGGCAGGGAGGAGCUCGCAGAGCAGCGGCGGAAGGCUGCACUUCUUGUCCUUUUGCGUCAACGUUCUCAGAAUAUGAUCGCUUUCCGACACUAUGUGGCAGUGCUGCAAAGAAAGGCCCUUUCUGGCUUCCAGCAUGCUGCAGACGACGAGGCGAUGUCUCGAAGGCGUCCGGUGAGGCGUGCCAAGUCCCGGACUGCAGACCGUGCAUCUCACAGGAGCCAGGGUUUGCGAGGAAUGUCUGUUGCAGAGGUCAUGCGCAAGGGUUGGCGGCGCUGGCGAUUUGCUGCAUUGUCAGGUCAACGUGUGGUGUGCGAGCUCGAGCGACCGGCAAAUGUCACUCUGAAGUUGUGCCGGAUCGCAUCGGAGAUCGAUUCCUGUCGGAGCAAGGCGCAGGGCCUGGAGCCUUGUACGCCACUGCUACGGUCGUCAAGGGUGGACGAGGACUCCACAAUACGUCCUGACACUACGGAGGCAGCACCAGAGGUGCCGGAGCAUCUGCGGCUGCUGGAGCAGGCUUUGGCAGCCUUCCAGGACGAGCAGACCGGCUGGUUGGGUCGCACAUCCAAGGGAGCUUCGCCACCCUCUGUCUUGUGGGAGCAUGCUGGCACGGUGCUGCCGCAGGGUGCCGGUGGUGCAGGCAAUGCAAACUUCUCAGGGUGGCCGGCCGAUGUCGUUUGGUCUCCGCCGCAACCUGCCCGUCCUCCAAGAGGGACUGAUGUCUGGAAGGACAGCCUCUGCAGCACAGACUCCGCUCGCGCAGAGGAUGCCCCUGGAAUCUUGCCGGACCCGCCCUUUCUGCCGCAGCGGACCGAGGCCAAAGAGAGCUACCAGACCCUUCGUGGCCGGAUUCGCACUAGCCGUGCGUACCAGAAGGCGGCUGAAGGCUGUGAGGAUCGUCGAAGUUUACUGAAGGAGACGCGGAACGUCCAGUUCGAGGUCCUGCCUAAGUACGGCAUCGAAGCCACAGAGAAGGGUACUUCUAUUAUGGCCGCGUGGAUCAGCUCGGCUCAAAACGGCAUCAAGGACGUGGAGGACAAGGUCGCAGCCUCCAUGCAUUUGAGCCGUAUAGCUUAUGCAUCCAAGCUUCCCUUGGCGAAGAACAAGGCGAAAGAGGCUGCGCUUCCGACACCAGCGGCGCAAGCACCCCUACAGACCCAGGCCUCCGUGACAGUGGAGCGUGCGCCUUUCCCCGAGAAGAAGGCGCCGGCGCCGACGGGGCAGCCUCCGCCGGCUCCGGUCACUCAGGCACCGCCGAAGGCCACUCCUUUAGGUGUGGCCACCCCACCUGUGGCGUUUGGCUCCCCGCCCUGGCAGACAGCGGUUGAGAAGGAGGAGAGACCAGUGGAGAAGAAGGAGCCUCCAAAGCCCAAGCCGAAGCCGAAGGAAGAGAAGCCUCCACAGGCACUGACAGUGACACUUACGAGGUUCAGUACCUGGGAGGACCCGACUCCACAGAGGUUCAAGGUGGAACUGAUGUCUAACACCAAAGUCUCCGAGCUGCGAGCGAAAAUCGCAGAGGUUUGUGAACUGGACGACUCCGAGACGCGGAAAGUGAAGCUCAUCAAGAGGAAAAAAGCCGGAUUCGUGACCGCUCAGGAGACGGAGAGUGUCUCCAGCGAAGUGUUCGUCCAUCAGAUAGAAAAGUGGCCGAAGUGA